AUGCUAAUGCUGAUGACGUCAGCAACAAUGAGACUCGCCCAACACGAAGGAUUUGCCGGUAAGAAUGCUUGGGAGGAGGCACUUGUGGACUCCAUCGCCAGUCAAUACAAGGACUAUUUGGAAGAAGUUCGACCAUUCUUCAGAGUUGUCGAAGCCUUAGGCAAGGACGUGUUUCUACCAGCCAACAAAAAGUUUUUCGCUUUCAUCACGAAAUUUUUGAAAGAUAACAAAAGUGGAUACCUCGUUGGAGACUCGCUGACUUGGGUGGAUCUGCUGGUUGCCGAAUCGGCUACGUUUACCGACAAGUUUCCUACACUUUACGAUGGUUUUUCGGAGGUGAAAGCGCAUGCAGAAAAAAUACGCUCCAUCCCGGAACUGAAGAAGUGGAUCGAAACACGCCCAGCUUCAGAUUACUGA